UUAUUUCCAACUCCGUACGGAUUUCGAUCACACGCGGGAAAAGCGCGCCUUGGCAACCGCGUUUUUCUAAGCAACCGAAGAAAAAUGUUGAUUAGUUUUAACACAGCUUACGGUGUGGUGUGCAGAGCAUAUCGGUUGUUAGUAUUUCCGGGUGAUAACUGUCCGCGAUAAACCAGUAAAACGAUAUCUACCGAGGGUGACGGGAAAAUGUCCACUGAAUCGUUCUGUGCUGCAGUACAAAAUCCGGACCGAAUGGUACGGCAACGAGCGUUGAAGAAUUUCGAGGUAAAUUUCAUCCGCGAUAUCGCGUCCGAUGAAGAAUGUUCUCGAUUGUACGAUGAAACGUACCUUCACAUUCUCCGCUGCUAUGGUGACCGGUUCGAGUCCGUGCGGACACUGGCCGUUUCGGUAAUGGACGUGCUGUUGGGUAAGCUUCCUACCAACGAUUACUAUCUGGGCUGCAUUGUGCCAGUUUUGGUGAAACGCAUCGGGCAGGCAGAAACGAUUGAAGAAAGCGAGGAACUUCGUUUGCAAAUGCUGGAGCAGCUGGAGAUGUUGGUAGUGAAGUAUAGCGACCCGGAUGGAAGUCAUGGUGAUCCGUUGCUGAAAGUGUUUGACAGUGUGGUGGACAUACUGAUCAAAACGUUGCGCGAUCCGUACCCGGCCGCACAAAAGAAAAGCUGUGAGAUCGUGAUAGCCCUGGCGGAGGCUACGCCGAGCUUACACUACCGGGCGGAAGUGCUGGUCGAGCCGGCUAAAUCGAUCCUGCCGCAUCGGCACUCGGCGAACCGUAUAGCGGCUGUAGAAACGCUUGGAGUGCUAUCGCUGCACAUCCUGUCCAACGGGGACCGCGUGUCGGAGAUCAUUAUGGCCGUGUCACCAUUGCUGAUGGACGAUGUACCAUAUGUGAGGCGUGCAUGCGGCCGUGUGGGAUGUGUUAUGCUGCAGAAGCUGCGUGAUCGCUAUUCCUUCUUCCAUCGCAUUCUGCCGUUGGUCUUGAACUGCUUGUGUGAUGAAACGGCUGAAGUGCGGGAAGACAUUAAAGCUGGCUGGAAGAAGGUGGGAGAACUGUACUACACUGAGAAUGAGACCGAGCUAUCGAAGGUAGCUUUGAUCGAGAAGCUUCCGGUCGGGUUUCCGGUUGAUCGAUACGAGCGGCCAACGAUCGCCUGCCGUGCCAUCGUACAACGAAGUCUCCGGGUGGUGAACUUGGUGCUGCAUGAAAUGGAAGAGUGGAAGGAAAAUAUUCGUCUUCACGCUACAAAACUGUUGAAGCAGAUAGUUUUACAUGCCGAGAGCGCCUUUUCAACGCUGUUCGUCGAGGUGAAUCCGGUGCUUGCGAAAACAUGUAUGGAUGCGGAAAAAAGCAUCGUACAGGAGGCGCUAAACGUGUGUGAAUUGAUGGGCAUUUUGCUCGACUACGAAACCUGGAGUCAACACGUAUUGAGCACGUUUCGCAAGUAUCCCACCAUCGGACAACUGCGCUGUAUGCGCACCCUCUUCGCUAGCUGUGUGCAGGACGAGGCAAAAAGCAAAGACGUCCGAAAGUUUGCAGCACUUCUGCUCGAUCCCGACGUUUGUCACAAUCAUCAGGAUGCGACGUACCAGCGAGAGGUGUUAGAAUUUUGUACAAUUCUCGCUGCCGUCGGACAAAAGCGAGAUAAGUUGAUUUCAGGUCUGGAGGAAAUCUCAGUCACCGAAUCGCACGACGGUGAACAACAAACUCUCGAACGAACACUGUACACAGUGGCCCUGAAGAUGGUGGCUUUCUGUCAGGGUAUAGAGGAAAAAUCGUUGGUGCGUGAUUUUGGUGUGGAGGUUUUGCGUCAGCUGGACAAUGACUUGGAUCGUUUACAUCAGCAUCAUCUUGCGAGCGUGCUCUGCAGCAUUGGCCAUCUAGAUAGUGAAAAUUCUGACGCAAGCACAAGCAUUCUACUGCUGUGUGGAAUUGUAUCGAUGUGUGGAUUUCAGGAAACUUACUUUUCUGUCCUGAAACAAACGCUACAGAAGGCCAUCCAACAUGCGGCUCCAGAAGGCAAAGUGAAAAUUUUCAGUGCUAUUUCAGUGGCAAUGCUAUCAUGGAACGUUCAUAAUCAACAACCGAAAGACGAGCAAAUGCAAAUGCUGACAACAUUCACGGAUGACUUAAUCGGACCUCAUUUGGUGUGGUCAGUGGGCAGAAGCGCCGAAUCAGUACGAACUAUGGCAACAGCCUGUUUCGCCUCGAUGGCGCAAGGUGUUGAUGCGGAAGUGUAUACAUCGCUCUUACCGAACUACCUUAAUGUGCUGGCCGGAUUGAUCGAUGAUAAUUGUAUCUCCACACGUGCCUACACGUUGAAGGCGUUAGUACGGCUGCAAGCCCUAAACUUUGAAUCGCUGAAGCUGAUAGCGUUCCCCAUCUUGUCUCGGCUGGACGAUCCAAGUCGAGAAGUACGCGAACUAGCUGCCGUGUGUCUUGGGCGCCUCAAACUUAAUGUGGCUUCGCCCGACCAGCAAAGCGCGCUUGAACGUUGGCAGGACAUACUGCGGCAAAUUCUAUCGGUGAUGUUUCUUCACCUGGAGAAUCCAGAAACAAAACUGCGAUCUGCAAUAUUCGAGUCGCUUCAAUGUUUGUACGCUGAUAAUCGAGACAUGAUCACCCAGCUGGCAAACGAAGUACCGUCGGGAUGUUCUUACAAGAAGGAUCUGCAAGCCAUUACAUCUUCACCAAGAAGUACGUAGUGUGAAUUAGAGAAAGAAAUUUGUGUGUUGAACAUUUUUAGUGUAAAAUGUUCUAUGCAUUUGGUGGACGAGGAAACGCACGAUAAUUUAGUUAUUUGUAUUUUGUAACUUUACAAUGUCUGAAUACUGUCUGCAAUUGAUCAAUUAAGAUUGCUUCUGCUCCGGCCAGGCCGUCCUUCAUGAAUAAAAAAAAUAAAAAAAAUUGCUCACUA